GCAGGGGGCGGAGGCGGAGGUGGAGGCGGCGGUAGAGGAGAGGGCAGGACGGCCCGGGUACCCCCGCUCGCUCGGGCUCGUGGUCGCGCUCGCGCCGCAGGGAGGUAGGAGGCGCGCGUGGGGAAUCCCCGGGGCGGGCGGCGUCCGGCGUCCUCCCGUCUCCGCCCUCCCCGGCUGCCCCCUCGCAGGGCCCCGCGAUCCCCCCCGGCCCCGAAACUCAGAUGGCUCAGCGUAUGGUCCUCAGGAGAUUCCUGGCCCCCGUCUUCUCCAGGAAGCUCCCUCAGUGUCACCGGGCACCUCUUCCUCCUGAGCUUCUAGCCCAGGGCAGCCCUCGUAGACCCGCUGCUGCACCCAGUCUGGCCCGGACAUUCUCUACCACCAAGAUCUCCAACGUUACCUUUAACGUCCAGGAUGGGCCUGACUUUCAGGACAGAGUUGUCAACAGUGAGACACCAGUAGUUGUGGAUUUCCAUGCACAGUGGUGUGGCCCCUGCAAGAUCUUGGGGCCCCGGUUAGAGAAAAUGGUGGCAAAGCAGGAGGGGAAGGUGCUGAUGGCCAAGGUGGACAUUGACGACAACACAGACCUCGCCAUUGAGUAUGAGGUUUCUGCUGUGCCAACUGUGCUGGCUAUCAAGAAUGGGGAUGUGGUGGACAAGUUUGUGGGCAUCAAAGAUGAAGACCAGCUGGAGGCUUUCCUCAAGAAGCUGAUUGGCUGCUGAGCUGGGGCCCUCCUAGAAGAACUCUAGUCCUUUCCAGUCCCUACCUGUCUAGCCCCCCCUUGGCCCAUCCUAUGUCUUUCUGGGGAAGGGGUUCUUCAUCUCCAAACUUGGGAACCAAGAGCAUUUCCCAGUUAUCUGACUGCAGAGGACUGGUCUUUAGGGAAGUGGUGCUGCUGCUGAUGACCAUGGGGGUUAGGGCUGGGGAUGGGGGCUUGGAGUUUUUCUCACCUUCCCAUGCUUGAUUCCCUACCCCCCCCCCCUCCCAUCCCCACCACCAAGCCCACCCUAACCUAGGUCCCAGUUGUGGCCAUCUCCAGAGGAGACUGGAGAGGGGCCUGCACAGGGCUACUUAAUAGUGGGGUCACCCUGUUUUGACUGUGAAAUUUUUAUUCUUGUCGUCUGGUACCUGUGCUUUAUCACAGAGGCUCCGGGACCCUGUGCCUGACCUACUUGCCACAUUUUCUCCUCUGAUGCUGUUUUGUAAAAGAAGAGAGAGUUAUACAUACAUAUGUAUAUGUAUGUAAAAUUCCCUCAUUUUGUAGGUCUGUAAUAAAGAGAGCUUUACUGAUCACUUCUA